CCCCACUAUAAUUCAAGUCUCUAUCCAAUAGAAUAAUAAGAAUCUCUGUUUGACCAAACCUCACCGUCGUCAUUGACGUCAAGCUCUGCCUCUAUUGGAAUUUAAUCCAUUUCCGAACGCUAAAUCAAGAAAACAAAAUCAGGACAACUUCUUAAAAAUAUCAAGCCAAUACUAAGGCUUCUAAAUCAUGGCAACGCUAGAGCCAUCUAAAUCCGUAAGAUCGCGCCUUGAAGCAUGGGGAAAUUCUCCAUUCGCCCCCACGGGUCUCGCGACCUUAGUAACGGCCAUGCAUUUUCGUCCGCUGCAAAUUCGACCUAUGCUUUUCGUACCUAUCCUGUUCUUUUCUAGUUACGCAAAUCUCCAAGGCUUCAAAAUCGAUAGCGCAGGUAUCACCGCCGCCGCCAGCGGCACGUACGCCCUACUCGCUAUGAGAAGGCGACCUAGUACCUUCAUAAAUCGCUUCUCUGUUAGGGGGUUAGUUAGGGGUUCUGCCGUUGGUAUAGGAAUCAUCAACGCUAUUGCCGCGGGGUGGGUAUAUGGCACGGGCGAUCGAGAGAGGGAGAAGGCUGAGAGGACAGGCAACCCGCGAUGGGUAGAGUAGAAGGGCGAGCUGGGAUUCUGGCGUGAACAAAAGGUGCUGAAGAAGGAAAUAAAGCACGAUUACUGUACGAAUAUCACAUAGGGGAGUCUAUAGAUCGCUUGUACAUAUAUCUACCUGUAACUACGUAUAUCAAGCUAGAUCGAGCUUAUUGCGGAAUACGUACGGAAUACAAGGUCACACAUUAAGAAAGCU